GAGGAGUAACACCCAAAUUCUUCGUUUCUUUGGUUCAUAAUGCCGAGAACUGAAAAUCGACGUUCCUUUGUUCGGUUCCCAGACUUGAACUGAAAACGGGUAUUCGAAGGUUUUGUUAUUGCAGUUGUCGUUGUUUUUUCCCCUUUCAUUAUAUCUAUCUCAUUUGGUUAGUAGAACACUAAAUCUCAAUCAAAUGCCAUUUGGGUGUACCAUCUUGUAAUUCUCUCGGAUUUUGGCAUUUUCUGUGUUGGAGAUUAACAUAUCCACCUGAAUUACCUUCUCUACGUGUCUUUACUCUUCGAUGUCGUAACCCAUGUUUUAAAAAAAUAUCCGAGAUAAGGUUUUGUUUUUGUUGUUGGGAUUGUGGUCGAAAAUGGAUUGUGGGAACAUGUCUAAAGGUAAGUGAUUUUUGUUGUUUCACUCACACCAAUUAAGUGGUGAUGAAUGUUGAUUGUGAAGAAACAUGUUGAAAUCCGUUGUGGGUUGCUGCAAGGUGUACAUAUCAGAGAGCAGGAACAGAAUUGCGUUGGAAUCAAUAGAACGAGCUUCCACGCUUUUCCCUUUGGCUCCCAUAAUCAACAAGUUCGAGGAUGUGGCCUACAACAGAGUUGGCUACACCCUUGUCUCUGAAAUGGGUGUUUCAGGGCCAUCUCACCUGGCAAAUGCUGUGUUAGCAAUGGCUAAGGCUGCUUUUGAUACCAUUGAUUUUGAUGUGCAUUCUGGGACUCAUCCUCGACUUGGUGUUGUGGACCACAUUUGUUUUCACCCCUUGCUUGAUGCUUCCUUGGAUCAAGCAGCUACCACUGCUAGAUGUUUAGCCACGGACAUGGGUUCUAAUCUUCAAGUUCCCACCUAUCUAUAUGGAGCAGCUCAUGAGGAGGGGAGGACACUGGAUUCAAUCAGAAGAGUAUUUGGUUAUUUUAAGCCAAAUUCUAGCGAAAAUCAAUGGAUUGGGGGACUAAAAUCAGACUCUUUACCACUGAAACCUGAUAGGGGUCCUUCUCAAGUAACAUCAGCAAAAGGUGUUGCUGUCAUUGGAGCCACCAAUUGGGUUGAUAACUACAAUAUCCCUCUAUUGUCUUCUGAUAUUAAUGCUGUUCGGAGAAUUGCCAAACGGGUCAGUGGAAGAGGUGGUGGACUUCCCUCUGUACAGGCCAUGGCACUUGCACAUGCUGAAGGUGUCAUUGAGGUAGCCUGUAAUCUGUUGGAUCCAAAUAAAGUUGGUGGUGAAAGAGUACAAGAAGAAGUUGAGAGCAUAGCAAGAGAAGAAGGUAUUUCAGUGGAAAGAGGAUACUACACAGACUUCUCACAGGAUCAAAUAAUUUCAAGUUACUUCAAAUUGUUUCAAAACAAAAUAUGAGGUCAUUCAGUCCUUGUUUUUUGGCAUAUGAAAUUAUUCUCACAUUAUGUAUAAAGAACCUAAAAAAAUAUAGGUGAACCACCUUUUAUCUAGUUGAGUACUGGAAAUACUCUUAAUAAUAUUAGUUUGGUAUCUUGAAGUUUUCUUUGUUGGGAAAUUGUAUGAGAAAAACAAGGGUUGAAGGAGAACACAGUAUUGGAUUCCAAGGACACUACAUAAAGGCCAUU